AAGAUGUCAAUUCGCUUUCGGAAACGGCAAACUAAUAUAUAACUUAUGCUUGUUGGGCCCGCCACGUUGUCCUACGUCAGCCUUCUUUCUUUCAAGAUAAAAUUUUUGGUAGAACUCCCUCAGACAGCCUGAUGCAUCUUCGCGACAGUGGAGAACUACAACGACAAGAGAAAACGUUUCAGUGAAAAAGUCUUUCAGAAAUCUGUUCUUCUCCGAAGAUUACAACAGGUGAGCGAAAAAUCUCUUGAAUAAUCAAACCCACAAUGUGGAACUGUGCUUACCAAUAAGAUUUCUAGCAGAUGAUUUAUGUUGUUGAGGUUUUGAAGCACUGAAUCUGUGGCGAAGAUCAUGUUGAAUGUGUCAUGGCUUACCUUUUGCAUGAUGCUUUUCUAAAUUAAAUUUUAUUUUUUGAAAUCGUAUUGCCCAGGUUGUAAGCAAAGCCUCUUUUAUCAUGUGGGUUUGUGUUAGUCGUCACUGAUUUUUGAGAACCUCUCAGCCCAGUUGCCAGCUUUCAAAAUUUCUACCCUAAUUCUCAUGAAUAAGGAUUCUCAGAAGGGUUUGGAUGGAUUAAUUAAUUUUUGUAUAAUAGGCGAUGGAGGAAAAAUCAAUAGGCUUAGGUAUAGGACCAGAUGUGCCUGUUUAUAAUAAAGCCCCAUUUAAAGAGGGCAUCUAUUCCAUACCCAUGGCUGGGGAUCCGGCCUUUCCUCCUCAAGAUAUGGGUUCUUCCAUGGGUAACAGCUCUAGGUUUAACGAAAGCCAAAGGUAUCGCCCUGUGGAUCUUAGUGUUAGGACUGGGGAAGAGUUUGCCAUGGCGUUUUCUCCCUUGAGUGGUGGUGGCUGGACUGAGAAUAAUCCUGGUGGGUAUUGGAUGUUUGGUGGGAGGAAAAGCCAGAUUCCUGAGGGUGAGGGGACUCAUGGUUAUGCUUAUGAGGGGGGAAUGAUGGGCAUGGGUGGGCAAAUGAUAUCGGGGAAUAAUAUAUCUGAUGUGGCAGAGAGAGGCAAUUUUACUGCAGAGUAUGGGGGAGAUUAUCAUGGGGUAAAUAAUGAGAACCCCAGGGCAGCACAGGGUUUUGGUUUGGGGGUUGAUGACGAAUUCCCGUUUGAUGAUGGCUCUGUACCCCAAUCAGAAUUUCUUCAUCGUUCAGCCUCAGCCGCAACAGAUGAUGCCGGUGGGUCUCAGAAGGUGAAGUUCAUGUGUAGUUUUGGGGGCAAAAUUUUGCCCAGGCCAAGCGAUGGUGCUUUAAGAUAUGUAGGUGGUGAGACUCGAAUUGUCACUGUCGGUAGGGGUAUUGGAUAUUCAGAGCUCAUGCAGAAGAUGGUGGAGGUGUGUGGUCUGGUUGUGUUACUUAAGUAUCAAUUGCCCAAUGAGGAUCUUGAUGCUCUGGUUUCUGUUUCUUGUGAUGAGGAUAUCGAGAAUAUGAUGGAUGAGUAUGAGAGGCUUCUAGAAGGUUCAGGCGAAGGAUCACCCAGGCUCAGACUGUUUCUUUUCACUGCAUCUGAUUCUGAUCUAGCCCAUCUUGCUUCAAUGAACGAUCACAAAUUAUCCAAGCAGCGUUAUGUAGAUGCUGUCAAUGGGAUAACAGAGAUAGGCUUCAGGAAAAAUGAGGACAGUUUGGCAAGUGCAUCUUCACAAAAUUUGGAGAAUUUGAUUGGUCUGGAUUCUGGGAAUAAUUUGAACUCGAUGUUGCCAGAUCAGGGAGUUGCGUCAGGUCCAUUGCCCAUCAAAAUAAUGCCCCAGGAUGUUGUGAAUUCAGGUCCUCUACCAACUAGCUCACCAGUUUCUUCUAAGCAAGGUACUUCUAAAGUCCCUAUCCUAACGCCAUCAACUUCAUCUUCAUCUGUGUUGUCCUCGGUGCCCACUCAUCCCAACCAGUCUGGAUUAGGAGAUAGUUCUGGACUUUUUAUCCCAGAACAACAAGGAAAUGUUGCUGGUCAUUCAUACUCUGUAUUCCAACAACUAGACAGAGGGGCUGGUUAUCAUGAUACAGAUUACAGGAGACCUGUGCCAUCUGUUACCACCUUUCAGAGUGAUCCUCAGAUUAAAGCCGCUGGGUCUAGGAGAGAGUGGCAGCAAGAGAACUUUGAUGUUUCCCAGUCCAUGUUGGAUACUAGAUCAGAUACACUGCUGCCUCCUCUGGAUCCACACCCUACUGUUGCACAGCAUCCAACACCAUCUACAUAUUGGCAACAUCAUGUAGAUUCAUAUCCACAAAAUUUCAGAUACAUUCAACAGGCCAAUGUUGAGGGUGGACCUGCUCGGCAGCUAUUUCAGCAGCAUUCUCUUCAGGAGGCUCACCAGAACAACCCUUGGCAAGUAAUGCAUGAUGGGAGAGUAUACAUGAAUGCUGCACAAGAACAGCAACAGCAGCAGAGUGAUUUGUUUGGAGGUUCUUAUUCUGACAAACCUGCUUCUGCUCAUAUCCAAGCUCAUAUGGCUUCUACUACAGGCAGCCUGCAGCCAAUUUCUGGUUCUCAAUCAUCACACCUUAUUGGACAUCAAAAUUCAUUAGGACAACAGCAUUUACAGAUGCACCGCCCUCCAAAUGUUAAGCUUAUGGAACAACCGUCAUAUGGACCAAGGUUGCAUUAUUAUGACCAUAACAGCAGAGCUGUUCAUCCCAUGUCGCUUCCUUCUCAGUAUCAAAGGCAAGGAUAUGAGCAAUUUGCUCGACAGCAGGAUCUGUGCCAGGAUCAUCUGUUCCAUUCUGAAGAAAACAUUAUGCCACAGCAUAUAGUGCCUACUGUGCACUCUGAUGGUGCUUUACAGAAUCUAGUUACCAAGCCAGUUCAUGCCAUGUACGAAGGGAUAUCUCAGGGUCAUCACACCAAUGGGUCAGUAAGGCAACCACCUUCAAAUGUUAGAGAAAAUUUCGUGCAAGAAAGUGUCAUUUCUGCUGGAGAUCAUCAAGAUAUGACUGACAGAAGGCGCCUUCAGCCGAUGAUUUCUCGACAACAAGGUUAUACAAUUCCUCAUGGUGGAAUGGAGUAUGUGGUGAAACAGUCAUCUUCUCCAUAUAUUCACGAGAGACAAGAUGAAGGUAAUUAUGUUCUACAGCACAGAAUGCAAGAACCAGACUUUGAUGCUGCUUCAUCAGGGAGAAUGGCAAAAUCUGAAGCCAAACAAGACGAGAAUGGCACUGAUUUAUCAGGAAGGCAUCUCACAGAACCCGGCACAACUUCCAGUGGAAUUUUUCUUCCAGAGGACCCAUAUGGUUUGUCCCGUUCAGGUUUGGGUGAUUCUCGUCACACUUAUCAACAAAGUGAUAAUUUUGGAUCUUUUGAACCAACUUCAUAUCAGUUCAAACAGGCUCCUACUGCGGGGGAUAUGAAAGCUGUGGGCAUUCUUCCAGACCCGGUGCAAGCAACAAGGAGAACUGCAAUAAUGAAUGAAGUUGCAGUACCAAGUUCUGGAAUCAAUAUUCAGGAAGUAAGAGUAGUAAAUCCUUUGCAAGAGUCCAUGCUGGUUGAUCAGUUGCCAAGUACCAGUUCUUUGUUACCUGGUGUUGAUCAAUCAAUCGAGCAGAGACUUAGAGAUGUUAAUUUGAGUUCUUACUUGCCUAAUACUGAAGGUGAACCCUCUAUCUCUUCUGAGACGACUUCAAUGUGGUGGAAUGGGAACGGAGGUGAUGAUUGUGUUAAAGUGGAUAUGUUGCAUAAUGUCCAUAAACAAUCAGUGGAGCUAGGGGAAGUCAAGCUGCAGGAUGGUUCACCUUUGGUAAGUAAAAGUGAAAUAAGUGAGCCUGGUGAUAUUUCUGUCUCUGCUGUGCAUAAUGAAAGUUCCAGUAAUUUAAUUUGUAUGGCUGAACAGCCUCAGGAGCAAUUACUUGGUGAGAUGGCAACUGCUGAUGCUAGUGGGCAUCUGUCUUUCACGCUUCCAGAUGACAUUUCAAAUGCUAGGUCUUCCAAUAAAAACAAAGAAUUUUUUUCUAACUCUGAGCCCAUAACAUUGCCAGAGAGUUCACAAUAUGGAAUACAAGUUCCAGCAAAGGAGAUAGUUGAUGAUGAUAGUGGACAUGCAGUAAGGGAUAUCCAUUCAAAUAGAAGCUCCUUUGAUCGAGUCAAGGAUGGAGAUGUGACAUCACCAGUUGGGAAAAGUGAAUAUGAUUCAACGAUGGACCUCCUGAAAGAUGUUUCUGCUUCAUAUGUGGGAACUGGCAAGGUAACGGAACCCUCUUCUUGCACAAAGACCAUUUCUUCUAGCAAUUUGUCUCCUAUAAGCAACAAUUCUGUUUCAACUAGCUUUCUGGUACAAGACAAGGUAACCUAUCGGGAAGAGGUCUCUGUUAAGGAUGGAUUUGGUUUAGGUCUGUCUUCACAAGCCUUGCCUUUGUCAGAUAUCAAAGUAGAAGCUAUUGCAGAUAAACAUGGAGAAGGAGAGGGGCAGAAUGCUUUCAAGGAUCUACCCGAUCUACCCGCUGCAUCCGUUCAGCUGCCACUUUGUAAUGCUCCAACCCUGUCAAUGCAUGAAUGGGAUCAAGCCACUGAAGGUGGAAAUGUACAGGGAAAUACUUCUCAGAGAGACCCGUUAAAAGGGGCAGAAGAUGAAAUGGUCACCAUCUCAGAUUCAAUAACAGAGGAUCAUAUAGCUAUAGAAUCAGGCAUGGAUGAACCAGAUAUAGUUAUCAAAGAAGCUAUUAAUCUUGGCUUGCAGACAAUAAAAUAUGCCGACCUUGAAGAAUUGCGGGAGCUUGGUUCUGGCACUUUUGGAACAGUAUAUCAUGGCAAAUGGAGGGGAACAGAUGUGGCAAUCAAACGGAUAAAGAAUAGCUGCUUCAUGGGAAAACCAUCUGAGCAAGAGCGUUUGAGGGCUGAUUUCUGGAGGGAAGCUCACAUGCUUGCACAAUUGCAUCAUCCAAAUGUUGUUGCUUUCUAUGGUGUUGUACCAGAUGGACCGGGGGGAACAUUGGCAACAGUUACAGAGUACAUGGUGAAUGGCUCACUCAAACAGGUCUUGCAAAGGAAGGAUAGGUACAGGGGAAUUGAUCUGCGAAAGCGACUAAUAAUUUCCAUGGAUGCUGCGUUUGGAAUGGAAUAUUUACAUGGCAAGAAUAUUGUGCACUUUGACCUGAAAUGCGAGAACCUGUUGGUAAACAUGAGAGAUCCUCAACGUCCUAUAUGCAAGGUUGGUGAUUUAGGGCUUUCGAAAAUCAAACAUCAGACCUUAGUUUCUGGUGGUGUACGGGGAACCCUUCCAUGGAUGGCUCCUGAGUUAUUGAAUGGCAGCAGCAAUAUGGUUUCUGAAAAGGUGGAUGUAUUUUCAUUUGGAAUAGUAAUGUGGGAGCUGCUUACUGGAGAGGAGCCUUAUGCUAAUAUGCAUUAUGGAGCAAUCAUUGGAGGUAUAGUCAACAAUACACUGCGUCCACCUAUUCCAGGUUCAUGUGAUCCUGCAUGGAGGUCACUUAUGGAGCGUUGUUGGUCAGCUGACCCUUCUGCAAGACCUAAUUUUACAGAGAUAACUAGUGGAUUGAGGUCAAUGGCAACCUCCCUUCGUUCCAAAGGACAGGGUCAUCAAGCUCACGUUCCAGUACAUCCACAAAAUUAGGCUUAUAAAGUGUCUCAGCAUAUCUAAAUUUGAAGGUUUUGUCACUGGGCAUGUUCUUCAUGCUUUUUUCAAUGGUUUUAUGUUGACUGUAAAUGUUGUUCUGAUCAGGAUGUGAUUCAACAUCCCAACACAGUUGCCAUUCCUUAUACUGUAGAGAGAGCAUGGCAUUACUUGCUAGAGUAUAAGUGCAUGGAAGAACCUGCACUGAUAAGCCCUCCUUUUAACAGAUUGAUUUUAGUGUGACAUGUUACCUCUGUUUUGAAAUGUCACUGGUUUAGGAUACCAAGAGAACUUUAUAUUACAAUAAUUUGGGUGAAUAUUUGCAGUGGUAUGGUAGCCGUAUCUAAUAGUUGCAUGUUUAUGUUGCCAUUCUCAUGAAUUCGAGCAUGUCCAAGAGUUAGCUUUUCAUGGAGCAUGAUUGUGUGAUGUGGACCAAAGUUCAGACAGGACUGCAAAUGAAGAAAAAAGAAAUUGCAUUUUGAGUUUGAAGAAUAGACAGAUUUUUUAUGUAUUCAAUUCCUUGUAUCUUGGCCUUGAUGCCUGCUGUUGGGCAGAGAAAUGAUGAGAUACAAAGAACUCGGGUUGCUUUUAAAGUUGAAAAAGCGUCAACAUUUGUGAACUGGCAUGCUAAUAAGAUAUAGAUUAUAUUUUUAAAUUA